UGCAGUGAUUUCCGUGUUGCAGGUGUAUCUCUUCACACGGGGCUUUCCAGACAAAGAUUAACCCUUCUGAUAAAGAGCAGUCGUCUGCCGGAUCCCUGUCAGCACAAGAAGCAGGACUACAGCUGGAARGCAGGCUACAGCUGCAGCUAAGCUGAUUUAAUGCCAAGUUGUGUCCUGUUCUGCACAGGGAGCAGGAGGCAGCCACCAUGGUCGCUUUGCAGCCCCUGGCGCAGGGCACGGUCCUGGCCCUCCUCGUGCUCCAGGCCGCUGCCUCGGGCCGCUUCAYRGCRGCUGUGUACGAGCACGCGGUGAUCCUGCCAGCSCUYRCCGUGGCRCCUCCCUCUCCCGAGGAUGCGCUGGCACUCAUGAACAAGAACAUGGACGUCUUGGAGAAGGCCAUCAAGGAAGCCGCCCAGCAGGGUGCCCACAUCAUCGUGACUCCUGAAGACGGCAUUUACGGCUGGCGUUUCACCAGGGAAACCAUCUACCCCUACCUGGAGGAUAUUCCUGACCCGGAGGUCAACUGGAUUCCCUGCACGGAUCCCAAGAGGUUCUAUUUUUUUUCUUCUUUCCUGCAGUAUAAUCUCUUUAUGUCAGAAACUAUCCAGUUUAAUAUCCCUAAAGAGCCAGAAGCUGUCACUUUUGAGACACCCUUUGGGAAGUUUGGCAUCUUCACUUGCUUCGACAUACUUUUCCAUGACCCUGCGGUGGUUCUGGUGAGCAAGUUACAGGUGGACACUGUGUUGUUCCCAACUGCCUGGAUGAACGUCUUGCCUUUUCUGACUGCUGUUGAAUUUCACUCUGCCUGGGCUAUGGGCAUGGGUGUCAAUUUGCUUUCUGCAAAUACACACAACAUUGGCAUGGUAAUGACAGGGAGUGGUAUUUAUGCACCAGAUGGAGCCAAAGCAUAUUAUUACAAUAUGAAAACAGAGGAUGGUCGUCUCCUUGUUACUGAACUCAGUUCACAUCCUCGUCUUUCUCCUGCCUACCCUCCUGCUAUCAACUGGAGCUCCUAUGCUUCACGUGUCRAGAGAUUCUCACCAAAUGACCAUGAUUUCAGUGGGCUCAUCUUCCAUGACAUGUUCACUUUCACUGAGCUCCCUAAAUCUGAAGGGAAUCUCACGGUUUGCCAGAAUGACCUCUGCUGUCACUUGAGCUACAAGAUGGCAGGGAAACAAGAAGAUGAAGUUUAUGUAUUAGGUGCCUUUGAUGGACUUCAUGUUGUUGAAGGACAAUACUACCUGCAGAUAUGCACACUGCUGAAGUGUAAAAGCACAGACCAGAAGAGCUGUGGGCAGCCYGUGGAGACCGCUCAGACCAAGUUUGACUUGUUUUCUCUGAGUGGCACGUUUGGCACAAAAUACGUCUUCCCAGAGGUCCUGUACAGUGGGCUUCAGCUGGCCCCUGGGGAAUUUGAGGUGUUGAAUGAUGGACGUUUGAUAAGUAAGAUAAGACCAACAAAGCCAGUUGUCACUGUGACGCUUUUUGGACGGUGGUAUGAAAAGGAUCAUAUGAAACAAGACCCACAACCACCUGCCUCYCCAUGAUGUUAUCAUAGCUGAACCUGUACAUGACUAACAUCAUCUCUGAAUGAGAUAUGACAUCAUUGGUUUAAAAGAUAAUUAUCUUAAUUUCAGUUGCAAAAGCUUCUCCUCAGUGAGAUUUGUUUAAUAACAGCACAGCAUUCUAACUUCUUUGUAAGCAUCAAUCUAUAAGG